UCAAGUUCGAAAAAGAAUAGACGUUAUCAGAUGGUAUAUGCAUAAAGCUUCUAGAACAUUCUCACGCAUGUCUCAAAGACGUCAUAAACAGAGGUUCAAAAGACGUAAAAAGUAGGAAUUUUAAAUGUCUUUAUCUAAAAUGUCUUUAUCAUUAAAACAAAACGUUUCUAUAAUAGUUUUUUAAACGUUGUUUUAUCGGAAAAGAAACGUUCCAUCGAACGUUUUUCGAAUAGACUGUUACUGGCCAUUUCGGGUACAAAUAGGGCGGAAAACGCCGCGGAGCGAUAGUUUUUGACUUCGGUUCUGUUACUUCAUUCUCGACUUUAAUUCUAACUCUUAGUCAUACAGUUAAUCAUACAGUUUUUUGACGUUUGGGCAAGGUGUUAUUUGACACGAGCGCGGACAUAGAAUGACAUAGAAGCUAAGCACCUCAAUCGGAGCAGAUCUAUAAAAGGUGAUAGAGAAAAUGCCGCGCAUCAAACCGUCAGGUCAGCCACCCAAAGUUUGGAAAUUGAUCGAGAAGACGGAUAAGAACGGAAAACCGAUGAAAUUUACAAUUCAGGAAAUUCCUGAGGACCGAUACGAAGACGCGGUACAACACAUGUGCACGUAUUACUUAGUCGACGAACCGACCUGCGCUUAUUUGAAUGCAAAAGAUGAUCCCGUAUUUGUACAAGAUGUAAGCACGCGCUGGCGCUUAUUACUCGCGGAAGGCAUAUCCAUAGCCGCAUUCACCGACAAUCCUGACGGUGGGAAACCCAUAAUCGCCGGUAUGAACGUUCUGGGUAUUCGUAGUAAAAAUGAGAAGGAUAACAUUUACGACUAUUACGAGUUUAAGUCGGAGAAAUACAAAUAUAGGACCGAGAUUGGUGCUAAUGCAACGAAGGUGGUAUACGAACGUUAUCCCGAAAUUGAUAAGUAUCUGUAUGCUAUUGGGCUUAGCGUAGACCCCGCUUACCGAAGAUACGGAUUAUGCAAGGAUAUUCUGAAAACCAGAGAUCUUAUCGGACCUAUGUACGGAGUGCCAGCGACAUCCACUGGGUUCACAUCGAUAAUUUCGCAAAAGUCAGCGGCAGGUGUGGGAUUCGAAGAAUUUUCGAAAACAAACUUUUCCAAUUUGGUAGAUAAGAACGGAAAGGAGUAUUUUCCCGGUAUUAGUAUUAAAGAGUAUAAAGUUAUGGGUAAAAGGUUGUGUUCAGUAAAAUUUGAAUCAGCGCGCAGCGCGCUCUAGUGUUCUCUCAAUAAAAAAGUAAAAUCCAGUGAAAUACAGUCACUAAUAAUUCUCGACCCAACAGGUUGCCUUAAUAUAGUCCGACAAGCGGGACAAUAACUAAUACGGAAAAAGGAGAUUAGCUACUGUAGCAAAUUUAGUGAUAUUUAACAUCUUUUUUGCACAGCGAGAGCUAUAAUUUAGCAAUAGUAGCAAAACCUUUUGCUCUCGCUGCAACAAAUUGUUAGCUAUUUUUAUUUUACAAUUAAAUUUGAUAUAGUAGCUAAUCUUUUUUUCCCGUGAAAUAUUACGAGAAUUACUUAAUUUUGUAAUCUGGAGUAAUUUUCUAUUGCGUAACAAUUUCUAUAUUGCAAACUGCUCAAUAUUUCUCAACAUUACCGUGAUGCGUUAAAACGAAUGACAAUAAAUGGUAUUUUUUCGACGUAUUAUUAUUAGGUUCUUAUCGAAAUGUAGACAGACAUACCUCAUGGUCAUUGAAAUAAAUUGAGUAAAAUGAGAAAAAAUUCUUUUAAAUGUGUUUAUUAAUCAACAUGUUUAAAGUAAAGAAGCUCGAAAUAACUGUAGGCAGAAA